GCUUUCACCGAGCAGCACAAACGCUUCCCGGCACACAGCUGCGCUGCCCACAGCCCCCACCUCGCGCCCCCAACUGCCCUGUAGAGGGCCAACUGCCAUUCCCCGGGGCGGGGUCCAGGAGGCCAGGCCAUGUGGCUCAUCUUGCUUCUACUGAGUGGGCUGAGUGAACUUGGCGGCCUUAGCCAGUCCCAAACAGAAGGCACUCGUGAGAAAUUACACGUGCAAGUCACAGUGCCAGAGAAAAUCCGGUCCGUCACAAGCAAUGGCUACGAAACACAGGUGACCUACAAUCUCAAAAUCGAAGGGAAAACAUACACCUUGGACCUAAUGCAAAAACCGUUCUUGCCUCCCAACUUUAGAGUAUACAGUUAUGACAACGCAGGAAUCAUGAGGUCUCUUGAGCAGAAGUUUCAGAAUAUCUGCUACUUCCAAGGAUACAUUGAAGGUUAUCCAAAUUCUAUGGUGAUUGUUAGCACAUGUACUGGACUCAGGGGUUUUCUCCAAUUUGGAAACGUUAGCUAUGGAAUUGAACCUCUGGAAUCUUCCAGUGGUUUUGAACACGUGAUCUACCAAGUGGAACCUGAGAAAGGAGGUGCAUUACUCUACGCCGAGAAGGAUAUCGAUUUAAGAGACUCGCAGUAUAAGAUACGAAGUAUCAAGCCACAGCGGAUCGUCUCUCACUAUUUGGAAAUACAUAUUGUCGUUGAAAAGCAAAUGAUCUUUGCCCCCUUUAAUCUUACAGUAAUUCUGUCUUCCCUGGAAUUUUGGAUGGAUGAAAACAAAAUCUUGACCACAGGCGAUGCUAACAAGUUGCUCUACAGGUUCCUGAAGUGGAAACAGUCGUACCUUGUUCUGCGACCACAUGAUAUGGCGUUUUUACUCGUCUACAGGAACACUACCGAUUAUGUUGGCGCUACCUAUCAAGGGAAGAUGUGUGACAAGAACUAUGCAGGAGGAGUUGCUUUGCACCCCAAAGCCGUAACUCUGGAAUCACUUGCAAUUAUUUUAGUUCAGCUGCUGAGCCUCAGCAUGGGGCUAGCGUAUGACGACGUGAACAAGUGCCAGUGUGGCGUACCUGUCUGCGUGAUGAACCCGGAAGCGCCUCACUCCAGCGGUGUCCGGGCCUUCAGUAACUGCAGCAUGGAGGACUUUUCCAAGUUUAUCACAAGUCAAAGCUCCCACUGUCUGCAGAACCAGCCACGGCUACAGCCAUCUUACAAGAUGGCGGUCUGUGGGAAUGGAGAGGUGGAAGAAGAUGAAAUUUGCGACUGUGGAAAGAAGGGCUGUGCAGAAAUGCCCCCGCCAUGCUGUAACCCCGACACCUGUAAGCUGUCAGAUGGCUCCGAGUGCUCCAGCGGAAUAUGCUGCAACUCGUGCAAGCUGAAGCGGAAAGGGGAGGUUUGCAGGCUUGCCCAAGAUGAGUGUGAUGUCACAGAGUACUGCAACGGCACAUCCGAAGUGUGUGAAGACUUCUUUGUUCAAAACGGUCACCCAUGUGACAAUCGCAAGUGGAUCUGUAUUAACGGCACCUGUCAGAGUGGAGAACAGCAGUGCCAGGAUCUAUUUGGCAUCGAUGCAGGCUUUGGUUCAAGUGAAUGUUUCUGGGAGCUGAAUUCCAAGAGCGACAUAUCUGGGAGCUGUGGAAUCUCUGCUGGGGGAUACAAGGAAUGCCCACCUAAUGACCGGAUGUGUGGGAAAAUAAUAUGUAAAUACCAAAGUGAAAAUAUACUAAAAUUGAGGUCUGCCACUGUUAUUUAUGCCAAUAUAAGCGGGCAUGUCUGCGUUUCCCUGGAAUAUCCCCAAGGUCAUAAUGAGAGCCAGAAGAUGUGGGUGAGAGAUGGAACCGUCUGCGGGUCAAAUAAGGUUUGCCAGAAUCAAAAAUGUGUAGCAGACACUUUCUUGGGCUAUGAUUGCAACCUGGAAAAAUGCAACCACCAUGGUGUAUGUAAUAACAAGAAGAACUGCCACUGUGACCCCACAUACUUACCUCCAGAUUGUAAAAGAAUGAAAGAUUCAUAUCCUGGCGGGAGCAUUGAUAGUGGCAACAAGGAAAGGGCUGAACCCAUCCCUGUACGGCCCUACAUUGCAAGUGCUUACCGCUCCAAGUCUCCACGGUGGCCAUUUUUCUUGAUCAUCCCUUUCUACGUUGUGAUCCUUGUCCUGAUUGGGAUGCUGGUAAAAGUCUAUUCCCAAAGGAUGAAAUGGAGAAUGGAUGACUUCUCAAGCGAAGAGCAAUUUGAAAGUGAAAGUGAAUCCAAAGACUAGUCUGGACAGAUUCCACAAUGUCACAAGUAAUUCUCUUCAGUGGACAGAAAAAAAAGUGGAAAAGAAAAGCCUAUGCAUUAUCUUGCCUGAAAGUCAAGCCUGCAUAUCGUGGUCUCCAUCAGGCCAGAAAUCAUAUCUCUCCAUUACACAUGUAUGAUACAUAUGUGUGUAUAUUAUUCCAUAAAUGAUUUACUUGUAAGAAAUGAAUGAUUAUGAAUUUCAUAUUAUACUUUGAUAUUUUACCCUAUUUCUGGUAGUCGGUAGUCAUCAAUUGUAUUUUCUAGUAGGUACAUUAUAGAAAAGGCUAUAAGAAAAUAAAUGUGGUACCAUGA